CAGGUGGGCUCCUAUGUUCUUCUUCCUUCCAUAACAAGGAGCUCCUAUCCAUCCAUCCACACCAGCGACUCAAACUCAAUCUCCGACGCCCGGAAGGAACCUUGAUGAGCGCCCUCGGCUCGACGGAGAUGCGCGCUUGCCAACUCCUGGCGGCGGUGGAGUUUGAGCUGGCGCAGCUCGAGGGGAGGCACGACGAGCAAGCCGACCCUCUGGCGCAGCGCCGGCUCGCGGAGCUCGGCGAAGCGGCGGCCGUGCGGGUGCUCCAGAGGAUCGGAAAGUCCGGGAAGCCGGUGCAGAACCUGUCCGCCUACAUCCUGUGGAUGGUGAAGCACGACUCCGAGGAGCGCGCCACCGGCGGCAGCUCCGUCCCGUCACAGCGAGGAGGUGAUGCUGUAUUAGGGACAGUGAAUCAUCACAUUCACAUUUCCUUGGAUCUCCCAACCCAUGCCACGAUCGAUGCCAGGAGCCCUGCUUACAGUUUGCAGCUGCCGGGAAGCCCUGGCCAUGGCCCUGUGUCUGGGUUGCAGUAUCAGGUGGGGAUCGAGAGCCCGGCCCGGAAUGCCAUUGCUUCGCCUACAAGAAGGGCAUCCACCCCAUCCACCCCAAGCCAUGUGGGGAAAAUCAUAAAAUCCCUGCAUCAAUUGGGACUGGGAGGCCCGUCGAGACCUGUAGGGGCUGAACGCGAAACACCACCGACACCGGUGCGCAUGAUGCCAGAAGACGCUUGUGUCAAUGCAAACACAUCACAGGCAACAGCGAACCUGAAGAUGUACCAUGAUGGCGCUUGGGGAGCUAGAGUUCUACAAGGUUUUCUUGAUAUAUGUGUACCUUGGCCGCAACAAGAUAGAAGAUGUGGGUGAGUUACGGGAAGAAUAUAUUAGGUCAUUGCAUCCACUGUCGAUGAAUGAUUUUGAAUCAGAAAUUUGGCACAGAUUUGGUUGCAAGUUUGUAGCCGAAUCAGACAGAAGGAAGAACCUUGACUGGGGGGAUUCAAGUAAGGCAAGAGUGUAUCAUUGCUGUUUGGAGAUAGCAGAUGGCUCCGUAGUUACCACCUUUAAGGGGCCAUAUCUGGAAACCUCGAGGAACAAGCUGCAGAAAGUUGUUGGCGAUGACAACAUUCUUGUCGUGAAGUUCUCGGAGAUACCUGGGCAAAGAAACAUUGGAAAUGACGCCAGUGCCUACUAUAGUGUUUACCAUAAGGUUGCUGAAGAUGGCAUCAGCUUGGGUUUGCGUCGUUACCGUUAUCUCAUUCACAAAGAUGGGGGCAAGGAGGGGAAACGAAAAGAGGGAACCGAGAAAUUUUCUUCCGGUGUUAAAUGCUACUUUCUACGCACUGAAUCUGGGCGGAACAGAGAUGAUGCUUAUAUCCUCUCCAAUAAAACAAUCGAUGAGGCCCGCAAACUUUUUAUGCACGUUCACACUGUUCCCACCUUGGCAAAAUAUUUGGCCAGGUUUACUUUGGUAUUGUCCAAAGCUGUGACACUACUAGAUGCCAACGACCUAUCAAAGGUUAACGUUAUAAUUAUCGAGGACAUACCUUGCAAGGAUAGAAACGGAAACAUUGUUCUCAGUCAUGGGGAGCCAUUGAUCCACACUGAUGGGACUGGCCUAAUCUCAGAAGAUAUAGCCAAUAAAUGCCCGACAAGUGUCGUCAAGGGAAACUUUUCGAUGACACUUGACCUGCAACUUCUUCCAGGAACUAUUAAGAUACGGCAGUCAAUGAUCAAAACAGCAUCUGAUCCAAAUCUACGGGACGGGCAGUCCUUUAACUCACUGGAAAUAGUUGGUACAAGCAAAUAUCCAAAAAGAGCCUUUACAUCAAGGUUUUUAAUCGCACUGCUUCAUUAUGGAGGGGUUCCAGCAGAUUAUUUUUUGGAGCUUGUAAGGAAGGCACUAAAAGAUGUUGACAAAGCUUGUCAUAAAGCUAGUGACUGUCUCGAAGUUGCAUAUAACCAUGCCAACAUGGACGAUUCUAUGUCGGCACGAAUGAUUCUUUCUGGAAUUCAACCUGAAGAUGAUGCAUAUUUGCAAUACCAGCUGGCUUUUAUGACUCGAGAAGAAAGAGAAGGAAUCAAAUUAGGAAGGAUUCCUAUCGAGGAGAGUUACUAUCUGAUGGGCACAUCAGAUCCUACUGGGACACUAAAGCCCAAUGAAGUUUGUGUGAUACACGAGAAUGGACAAAUUUCUGGAGAGGUUCUUGUCUAUACAAAUCCCGGGUUACAUUUCGGCGAUAUACAUGUGUUAACAGCAACUCCAAUUCCUAAUUUGGAGAAGGAUAUUGUGGGAUUUUCCAAAUAUGUUAUAAUAUUUCCUAUUUCUGGUCCACGGUCUUUGGCUGAUGAGAUGGCUAACAGCGACUUCGACGGUGAUAUGUACUUUGUAUCAAGAAAUCCCCAGUUACUUGAGCACUUCAGACCAUCUGAAGCAUGGGUUCCAAGAAACCCACCAAAAAAAGUCAAACAAAAGAAUCCUCGGGAUUGUGAUGGACCCCAGCUGGAAAGCCUGUUGUUUGAAGAAUUUUUGAAAAGUAGAUUUGUACCCAGUUAUGCGAUAGGUACAUCUGCAGACUACUGGAUGGCAUAUAUGGAUCAACUGUUGGCAGGUCAAGUUCAAGAAGACAAAAGUGAAAUGGAAAUAAAGAAUAAGACACUUGACUUAGUUGACAUAUAUUACGAGUCUCUGGAUGCCCCCAAGACAGGGAUCAAGGUCGAUGUCCCCGACGAACUGAGGCUCAACAAAUAUCCCCACUAUAUGGAAAAAGGAGAUGAUCGGUCCUACCAUUCAACGUCCGUGCUCGGACAGAUCUAUGACGAAGCAAAAGCAUUGUCAGAGCAGUCUAAAGAUAUUCCUCCAAUCAAUAUAUCACCCCUGGCGUGCUUUUCAGAGGUGGCCGUGGGGGUGACCAAAGAGCGCAAGGACCUGUGGAAAAGGCUUUACGACGAAUAUCGAGGAGAGAGCACAGCCCUCUACGAUAAGAAGUACAGCAAAGAAGAGAGAGACACGGGGUUUACGAAGCUUUACCAAAAGUAUAGGCGGAUGCUGUACGACGCCGCAGAGUUCGAUGACAGCCUGAGGAACUACAACGAGGUGUUCGGCGAGGCCUGCGCCAUCUACCAGAUCGUCUACGAGUACGCGCAGAGUCAGAACAAGGUUACAUUGUGCGGCUUUGCAUGGAAGGUCGCCGGCCGCGCACUAUGCCAUCUCCACGCGAUCAAGCGUGGUGGGGAGACGAUGCUCUGCUCACACUCCGUCCUCCGGGACGCCUUCAAGAAGAACCGUUGAGGUCACCUGAGCUCCGCGGUGUACAGUCACAAGCGUGUUAUGGUGCCCUUGCUAGUGAUCUAGUAUCCGUGAGUGGGUUUUGUGAACUCUAAACCCUCAACCCUAAACCUGAUGCAUGUGUAUGUGUGGUAUGGAGUUUACUACCUGCUGAAUUGAUGAUACUACCUCCUUAUUGAUCAGUAUCGUCCUUUUGUGGAGCUUUUAUGC